AUGUCUGCUUCGCGAUCUGGUGCUGCCGUUCCAGCAGUCAGUGCCAACUUCGAAGAAUCUCUCGCUUCCAAGCCCUUUCUCUUCGUUGUUGGCCCAGAAGCCAAGGAGUUCCAUGUACACAAAGAACUCAUCGGCCGACUGUCGCCAGUCCUAAACGCUCUAGUAAACGGGAACAUGCGAGAAGCCCGAGAAGGUCGCGUCGUAUGGGCAGACCUAGAUGUCGACACUUUUGUGCGCUUCGCCAAAUUUGCUUACUCUGGUGACUACAGUGAGGCACAACCUGUUCUUAUCCGGGAACCAGAACUUGACACUGAAGGCAACCACUCACCAAUCAAAUCAUAUACUCGUGAUGGCAAUGACUAUACCUCCUCGUCUGGGCAGGACUCAGAUGACUCUCGCAGCACCCGCUCGAAUUCGGAGGAAAUGCGUGACGACAAUGAUUUUGAUGAAGACGAGGAUCUUGACGACGAUGACGACUCUUCCGAAGGCACUCCAGCAGGAUACCACAGCCCUGCAGGUGACAGAGCAAGUUCAUCUGAGGCUUCCACCACUGUAGACCACAUGCCAGCACGCAAUGGCGGUAACCGACCACCGUUCACUUAUACCUACACCUACGAAUAUUGCGAGUGGAAGCUGCCAGCGGCCGUUGGCGAGUUUAUACAGAGUUAUCAGUCAAACAACGAUCAACAAAAUGGCGUUCCACAAUUGGCUGAAGACGGUGGGCUGUCAAGACGCAAACGCAGGUGUCCGGAUCAAAGUUAUAUGCUUGACGUAACAACCCCAAUAGGAAAGCGGUUUGAAGCGAUGAGGAAUUUUGCGCGUCCUCCUUACAACUCAUCCAUGAUUCACGGCGGCGCUCCAGCGGUAACUAGUUUGCAGAGCACACAACAAGGCAAAUACUCAUAUCUACCUGUCUUCCUCAGUCACGCACGACUCUACAUCCUGGCAGACAAGUAUGGUGUUGAAGAUCUCCGCCGUCUCUCCAUUUGCCGCCUCCAUUGUAUACUCUACUACUUUUACUUCGACCAAUACAACGUUCCCGACAUCGUGGCCCUCGCGCAGGAACUGUUCGAAAAUACUGUAGAGGAUGAUAUUGCACGAGAGAUCAUUGUGGAGUACUUUGUGUGCUUCAUUGAGUACAUUCGGGAUACCCCAGAAGUCAAAGAGCUACUGCGCAAGGGAGGUGACUUUCCUGUAGCAUUGGUCUCUCGUGUGGCCAUGCGUUUGUAA